CGGGGGAGCUGCACGUAUCGCGUGGAAUCAUCCACUACGUUUGGGCUCCUUUCAUUUCAGACUACAAGCUCGUGAACACCACCAUUUUUGGACCAACGUCAAAGCUUUCUGUUUAUUUCUUAUGAUGGUUAAAAUCAAAAAUCAAAUCAAAACCAAAUGCGGCGUAGUGGAUCUUUGUAUAACUAGGUCAUCUUGCAGGUGAUUGCUUUAGGGUACCGUUAAGACAUCAGACGGCUUGGGAUUGGUGAUGACAACUGGUUGGCGUCACUAUAAGCGGCAGGUUUCAAUGCAGGGGCCUGUAAUGCUCACAGGACUAUCACAGUAUCUCGUAUCAGCUGGUGGAUGAAUAUGGCCUUCGACUGGUGAUCGCCAUGAAAUUGUAGCGAUCAUACUGCGUGUCGUGCGAACCUAACGUCUCCCGCUGGAAGGGAUUUAAGGGAGACAUAACAUUAAACUGAUACGACAAUGAUUGAAGACAAUGUUCGCGCGCCACACGUUGAGAUGCAGUAAUGUUUGACAAUAACCUGUGUUCACACUAAUAACAGGACUUAGGUAUCACGAUCGAGUUAUCCUAUGAGAGAGAUGCGUCCAACCUCAUAGCCUGAGUUGACUGUAAUAAUGGAGCGCUGUUUUAUAUUCUGUCUGCUGUUACGAAAGGAUUCGCCGUUUGGGGGUUCAGUGAAGUAACUCCAGCGAGAGGCAAUUUCAAUGGGUUGUUCUCCAUCUGCUCAAGAGGACCGGACUAGGAACGGUACGGCAGGGGGCAUCCCUGAACCGGACGCCCCGCCGCCCACCGACCCGAGAUUGCCACUGACGGCCCGCCAGAAAUUCAGCCUCGAAAAAUCAUGGAAGGCCGUACAGCGGAGCUUAGACACUGUUGGAAUGAAUGCAUUAAUCAGAUUGUUCAAGAACACGCCCGAGACGCAGGACUGGUUCCCUUUAUUCAAGGGCAAGACAGAGGAGCAGCUCCGGAACGACAUGUCCUUCGAGAUGCACGCCACUGCACUGAUGGGCGUCUUCGAUGAGGCCGUCGAGUUGUUGGGCGACGUGGACGCGGUCAUCAAACUCCUGAGUAAAACGGGUAAACGACACGCCAAGUUGGGCGUGGAACCAGACGUUAUAUGGACGUUUCAGAAGCCAUUGCUUGAGGCGAUCGAGGAACUUUUAGACACAAGGUACAGUGAAAAGAUUGAGGAAAUCUACAAAUCAUGGACGACAUUUGUGAUCGACCAUAUGACCAAGGCUAUGCAAGCCGACUCGUAGACAACGAUGGAGCGGAACAGUUCCCAUGUAUACGCCAGUAUCAUUGCUCUUGAAUAGAUAUCUAGAGAACCAUACAGCUCUUCGUUUGGUCCAGACAGCUGUUUCAUCAGAUCACUCAUUUGUGUUUAUGAAGAUCAAGUUUGGUCUCAUGGAUGCAGAAAGUUUAAGACAGACCGUGUUCAGGUAUCGGCCUUGAGGAAUAACCCUGGCUUCUGCAACUGCUGUGCGACAGGAACUCAACAUUUAACCAAAACUCCAGGAACACCGUUUGUGCCAGUCUCCUCUUCGCUUUAAUAUUGUCAUUGUCCCAGUCUGAUUAUGCAUCAGACCUUGUUUCCCGUGGCAUUCUGCACUUGAUGAAGGCGGUUCCCUUUCUUUGCUUUCUGUCCUGCGGAAUGUAAUUCAAUUACAUCAGCUUUUGUUCACGAUACUAUGUUACGCUGGUUCAUUGCUAUUACAAUAAACAGAUAUGAAAAAUUGCUUUUCAGAAAUUGGGCUUAAGUUGUAUUAAUAUUGUAUAAAGGGAUUCAGAGAAAUAGGAAAUGGUUUCAGACAAGGCUGAAUACCACGAAAUUUAUUACGUAUUUUGUGUGUGUGUGUGUGUGUGUGCCUAGGGAUUUCUUUAAGGGUUGCAUCGUCUGUCAUGUCAGAAACGUAAUUAGAUUCCAUUACUCCGGCCAAUGCAUUGUGGGUACAACAUUGCCAGUGCAUUUACCAUUUUUUCAAGCUAUUUCACCGUAAAUAUACCAAGUACUCGAUUUUUAUAAAGCUGGGUUUUUUUUAAUUUGAUGAAGCGCUUCAUAUAUAGAAGCAUAUAGAGGCAUAGUAUAUUUAGCGUGUGAAUGGCUCGUGGGGGCAAGCAAUUGCAACGGUCAGGUUUACACAAUGUCCAAGUGAACAGUUACGCAACUGCACUGUGGUUUCUGUUUGUCACAAGGCUCUUGCAGUGCUAAUUGCGCAGGAUUUUUUUUCUUACAAAAUAUCACCGACGAAAUCAUAGUAUACGGUAAAACUGUCCAAAAAAACAUUAGGUUACGAGUCUACUUGCGCCCUCGUUCCGAGCACAAUGUAGCGCCACGAGGCCUUUCGUUGCCACGAAACUUCAUUCGCUCCAAUGUGAACGCACGGUGUAUGAAGCAACAUUUUGUGAGAACCUGUGUUCUAUAUGGAUAAAACUCUGAACGUUUAACGACAUCUUAGCAUUAAAGUUAUAGUUACCUCAGCGCAGUUGUUCCCAUUUCAAACGAUGAGUCUGAAUUCCACAUAUUUAUACAAUUUAUCCCAAAAAGACAUCUGACUUUACGGCAAAAAUUUCUGUGGAGAGUGUAGGGUUGUGCAUUUAGCAAAACGUUUACUUGUGUUUGCAAAAGCACCUCAGAGCAGUCACCUCAUCCCACAAACCUCAAGGCAUUUGGAUACUCACUGUCAUUGUAAGUCGUUACAUAUAGUUUCAUUCAGUAAAGCUCUCUUCUGCAUAACGAUUAAAUCCGUCGCAUUUCAAUUACGUGGUCGUUCUUCUUUCCUGGCCGACUACCUUGAAAUUUCGUGCGGUUUCAUCUGCACCUUUGUGGGGUACUUUUUUUUUGAAAAUGUGAUUACGUUCAUUUUCAUCGUCUACCGAAGAUGGAGCGGUGAAGUGCCCUGCACUAUUCUUUCAUUUGAGCUCUUUGUGUUAGAAUACAUUCCUUUUGUUGCCGGGGCUACAGUCAAUCUCAAUUUAAUAAUUCACCAUAGAAACUCUAACAAACUUACAGUCAAGCCCCUGAAAUUGAAUAUCUGCUGUAUUGUUUACAGUAGCUGCGCGUAUGUGUGUAAAAAUUUUCGAUAACAUUCCAUAUCAGGGCAAGAUGUUGUUAUGCUGAUGCCGCUAUGCUGCAUAACAGAUGGCAAUCGUUAAAGUGUGAAUAAGAAACAAACUACAGUAAUUUGUCACUGUGCUCACAAACAAUGCAAUUUAUGUAGUCUUUAUUCUGUGCCUCCACAUUGCAUUUAAGAACAUUCUAAGGCCAAUACUGUUUAUAAUAAUAGUCUUUACCAAAUACUAAAUAAAUGUCUUUGUAACCGGAUGAAUUAUUUUAAUUUUACAGCCCAGCCACUGGAAGAAAAUAAGCAAUGCGGAAUUUCAGCUAUGAUUCAUCCCAUAAUGCCGCCAUGUGUCAAUUCGUCAUGGCCUUUUCAUAAUUCCCCUUAAAAUUGCUGUUGUUCCAAUGGCUCGGAAAAAUGCUCGUCGGAAUCGACACACAGUGUAUUUUUGAUAAUAAUGGGAACUUUUGCGUUUUAUUUUGUCAAUGUUGAGUUCGUAACAAAAUUAAAUUAAACACCCCCAGUGUUUCCUCUUUGGCCAUCCACAUAUACCGUAAUCAGGUUUGUCGAUCCGACUGUACCAAGCUGUAUAUAAACCAAACAUGGAAGUCAGAGAACAAAAAAGAAGCUUGUGUUUGAGCAACCUGUGGUUGACUUUCGAACAACUUUUAUAGUGUAUUUUGGCCGUAACUUCUAUUCAAAGUGCAGUUAAACAAAAUUAAAGCGUCUACGUUAAUCACAAUAUGUUUGGUUGAAAAAGAAUAUAAAAAAAUGCCCGAUCGGAUGUCUACUCUCCAUAGAUAACAAGACAGGGCAAGUUAGUUCAGAGAUUAGUGACGCAUUUUCGUCACGCAGUACAGGUAUUGUUUGAACUGACAGCUGCUGCCAAGCUACCUGUCAUGUUAAACUAUGAAAUGUUCGCCUGUUCCUCAUUGCGCGCCUUUCAGAUCUCCGCGUAUAUUAGAUGUAAAUGUUUCAACUCAUGAUAACGUUUUCUUUCUCAAACGUUCAUGCAGGUUUACUUGAAGUGCCUUAACGCAUUAUAAGGGCUUUAUAGCAAGACUUUCAACUGAUGGGCAAUGCUUAUACUUAACUUGAUGUAUGUCCGUAAACUAAUGAAUUGUUUCAAUGGCCACACAUCACGAACGAGCCAUGGCAAGCUGUACGGUACUCUUUUGAGAGGGUAGCGCUAUAGACUAAUCCGACAAGACACCCUAACUGCGGUGGCACCGCACUCACACGCACAUUCUUCAGCUGAACGCGCGCGUGCGUUUGGCAAAUUACGACACCCUAUUGGUCGAAGAGGCAUGUAACGCGUAAAAGACCCGGCUCGCGAAAACUUCAAACUCAACCAAGUAAAUAACAAGACAUAUCCAACUUCCACCAUAGAACCAAUGCUCUCUGAUGGGAAAGGGGGAUUAAGGUAACUAUGGUAAUAGCUGCUAUCUCCCUAUAUCACAUUCAAAACCCAUACGAUCACAAUGAGGAUGGGUCUAUCAAAGUGAGUUCUUUGUAACAGUUUGAUUGAAGAUUACGGAUGUGAUUUGGUAAGAAAAAAUGUGAAGAUGCUUUUUGAUAACACCGUUCUACAUGUAUAAAUCUGCUCCUCGUCCAAAUUAAAAGUCACAACUGUCGGUUUCUAGUAUUAAGUAAAAUCAGCUUGAGCAAAGGUUUUUAAGUGAAUAAUACCCUGGAUACAAGAUAUGUAUACUGGAAUACAAAAACAGUGUUUUCCUUUAAGUUAAAAUAGAACAAGGUAUUAUUAAAGUGGAGCUUCGAACAAAUUGCCUUCCUCCUUACAACGUCAUGUAGGUGUCAAUGUAUUUCGGGCUUACCAAAUUGUUCGUUAGAUGCUUGGAAAGGAUAUGUAAGUAACACUGCUUGUGGCUUCCUUUUUGAAAAAAAGUGUCAAUGGAUAGCGCUGCAUGAUGUGCAUCGCUACAAAGGGUAAGCAUCAGGGGACAUUGACAUGGCUUGAUUUGACGCGGACGAAGUAUGAAAAGAAAAAAGGAAGCAAUGCCGAGCCUUAAAUUGGCCAUGAGAAUUCAAAGUGUCGAAGCACCAAAGCUGUUAACGCAGUUUGCAAUAGUAACACUGACUUGCAGAGAAACCGCAUAAUUGUAUGAUAGGAAUCCCAUCUUUUGCACUAGCGGAGAUUCGACGCAUUGUGUUUGCAUGGGACAUAAUUAUGAUUUGGGGGAAUAUGCCGUCUUGAAACGCAGCUCAUUUAGAAUUCUCGCGUGGUAAAUUGCCCCAAUAGUGCGCGCGGUCAUGGUCCCUGAUGGUCGUUAUGAAAUAGUAAAUGUGCCCUAUAUCUCAAGUUGCAUUGCCUGCGUUAUGAAAGCAAUCUUGCCUUGAAGCACAUGAGGAGAGUAUAUGAGAACGAUAUGGCAGUGGCCGAAUGAAAUGGCAGCUUUUAGUAUCAAAACAGGACGUGGAGCUGUAUACUAUCUUAAUGGCUAUUAUAUGUAACAAAAAUCUCGACCCCUUGCAUGGCAUGGUAUUUUCUGGUGGACAUGCGUGAAGUGCAAGUGUGUACAUUUGAUUAAAGAAUUCCUAACGAGGAAGAGUCACCGGCCUCUCACGAGUCGGCCACGGUAACUUGAAAGUGAGGUAUAUAUUUUUCGGUUUUCGAACUCGGGAAAAGUGAAAGCAAAAUAUCUUUCUACUCUGGUGAACCAUUUUGUGAUGGAACAUACUUUUGAGCUACUUUUGAAAAAGAAAAGUCUUGGACCGCACUUCAAUCGCAAAAUAGUCUGGCAUGCUGCUAUUCCAUUCAGCGCUUCAAAACAUAUAAAGUAGAUACAGGAAACAUGAUAGAAAAUCAAUAAGGUUAAGACUGCGAAAAAUGUCCAGGCAGGAGAGCCUUCUGCAGCGUCUUGUUUCCCCGUGACUCCUGCUCCGAUUGGCUCAUCAAAGUUUGACGACACGAAUUUACAAGUGUGUAAAUUGUGUCAACAUUAACAAUUACCAGGUUUUCUUCUUAAUCCAGUUCAUGGAUAGGAUUAUGCAUUUAAGUGAGGCACAGCACUGAAUUUUUUGGGGUAAUAAAAAUGCUGGGAAUUCCGGCACACGUCGAAAGGAGCAUCCAGCGCCAUACGCAGGACUGGAUGAAUAUAUCGUUUGAUAUGCAAUCCUAUACUUAUAUUUGGUAUUUAGUUAAAGUAUACUAGCUGUGAGGAUUUUUUUGUUAGAAACAAUUUUCUUCGACUUUGUAUACUUCUUCAACGUAUGAAAACUCUUUUGCAUUCUUAUUAGGUUAAAUGCAUUGAAAAGUGCACGUCUUAAAAGAAUACACUUUUCCAUGGUUUCCAGGACAACCGAGGGCGCUGUUGCUGUGGCGUCAUCCAAGGAAGACACGGUUUAGUUCAUAAGUGUUCCGUUCAAAGUAUGAACCCGCUGAGAAUCUACCUACUGCCAAUAUAUCUGAGAGAGGGAUUAAUGCUUGCUAAUUGCUUCGCACAUAAACAAAAAUGAAUCAGCAAAGAGAAAACUGAGUCCAGGAAAUCUACCAAAAAAUCAGGACUUUUUUGCGUACAAACGAAUGUAACAUUGAGGCUUCUUCCUGAGAUGGCAUUACAGUUUUGCUCAUGAAUAUAGAAACAGUCAUUAACACAAAUGCCCAAAGGCAGUAAAAUACCCUUUGAAAUAAGGUUAUCUGAGACACAUUUUGAAGGUCUGUAUUAUCACAAAUAAUUGCAGCAUUGAAAUAUCACGCUCGCUUGCAACUGAAUAUAAAAAAACUCAGACACACUACACCUGUGUUUAUACUACGAAAUUCCUUCCGUAGUACUUCAGAAAAUAACAGAUGUCAAGACUUUACGCAGUACUGUUGGUGUCUUCGGAACCAAAACAAUGUGUUAUUGUUGUUACUGUGUUUUAUUUGUGCGGGUAGCUUCAGUUCAGACUCAUCGAGCUUUAACACAUGUCGCGGAUACGAUUACUACGUCAUAUAUUACAUUUUGGCGCAACGGCAACAGAAAUUGAUUGUUUUGCCCGUCUAUACUUCUGUCUGGGCCGAAAUAAAAGAUCUGACAUUGAGCGAUAUCCCGGCACUCGGACUUGACAUGGCUGAGAUUUUAAUGCAUGUAGUGUAACGCAUGCCUCCGCGCACGUUCCUCGCCGUUUUGAUUCGUGUGACCGGAAAUUAAAUUACGCUCGGAUUAAAAAAAAAGAGUGCCAUGGAGAUAAUGUUGAUGCUGCCUGAUGCAGACAGCAGCAUUUGUUGGGUUUUGUUUUGUGUGCAUGCAAGAAGAAAGAGUUGGGAAGACUCCAAAGUUCGAUUUCAAUAAAGUACAAAGUGUUUUUUCCCCUGUAAUGUAAAAGGGCAGAUUCAACGAUAACUAACAGUACCGGUAUUGUUAUGCAUCAACGGUGUAAUAUUUUGUUAUUGAGAUAUGACUUGGCUUUGUGUCAACAAAAUAGCCGAAAUUUGGAUGAUAAAACAUGCGUUUUCAAAUGAAAAACUGGAACAAUUUCAAACUUGUGUUCACCGGUAAAAGUAAACCGCUCUGUUUCUCCCCUAUUCUCUAUUUUGUAUGUCAAACGCAACAUGUUAAUGUUAUUCUGAUACGGGGAAUGUUUGGAUGAUAUUCAAGCAAAGGUAUUCCGUCAUGUUUAUGUACACCCAACUUCCCAACCCCCCGAUUUUAAUAUGAUUUUACAUACUCCCUAGGGGGUUAAAGUCGUCUACUGUACACUAUAUUCGUAUUGUAGCCAAUCAAUGGGUAAUGGAACAUCUUACACAGCAAGCCGUGGAAUAGGCCUAAUAUUUACGGUCUACUUUGAAAAAAAAAAUCAGACUACAUCAGAAUUCAUAGGCAUGGAAUGUGUAGCUCAGAGAUUGGUGAUAAGUUCUUCUCUUAUGAUGGCUGUAUUUAUGGAUUGUAUAAAUCAGAACAAAUAUAUUUAUUGGUAGAACACUUGCAAUUAAUGCUUAGCCAAAUUUUACAUUAAACUUAUUUCAAUGUUCCAAAAUUUGGGGGGUAAAAACGUACCUUUUGGUAUAAACAUUUUGUACCGUUGUUUAAUUAAAGAGGAAGACUGGAAACCAUGCAGGCAGGGGCGGACAAAGCGCCUGCUUAAAAUAAAAUUCUAUCGGAUGAAAGAGCGGCAAUACAUACGUUGUUAUCAGCAGCGGCAGGUUUAAUAUAAGCAUUUUGGAUCCCACUUUGCCUAAACUAGAGCAAAAGGACCUCAGGGGCGGAAUUUUGGAGCCAGUUAAGGGGUAAGCCCUUAACAGAGCCGGGGGUGGAAUCCGCCCCUACAACAUUUUCUCCAAUAUCGUCGCAGUGCUUUUUUCCACGCGCUGAACCCCAAGGAUUUUUUAUAGUAACAACCUGCGGUCAUUUUUACACCAAUGAUGUGCACACCAUCUUUUGAACUUCAAAUAUCAAAGCCCCAUCUGAAAUUUCACGUUUAAAAUUACUGUUAAUUAGUGUCUUGACACUCAAGUAAGUUUCAAAACGAUUGAGUUUUGACGGUCGAGUUUUUGAGGGUAGAUUCCCUCCCCUUCCUUCAGCUCCGACAGGGUACAACCCCCCCGGCUCUUUUAGGGUGAAAAUACGUAUAUCUUUCUGGAGGUGUAUGUGGACGAUAAAUGAGCGAGUGUGCAACUUUCACUGUCAAAAACAGUAAGCAUUUAAAGCAGUUCAUUGGCCUAAGAGGUACACGCGUUUGCAAGAGGAAAUUUCCCUAGGACGCAUUUCAUCGUUAGUACUGACCUUUGAUUUGACUUGGGGGCCAUUCAAAAUUUUCUAUGGUGUUUUUUCGAAAUAGUGGUGGGUGGCUCAAGGUAAAUUUUUGAAAAUCGAAAUUUUCAAAUAAAAAAAGGAAAAACAAAUCGAUAUUUUGAGUCGCGUAAAUGACGCGCGCCGCGCCAGCGAUCCGUGUGAUACCCGGCCUAUUCUGACGGCGAACGCAUUGUUUGUGUCGUCUAAAAAAAAUUGUAUAUUAUUGUAUGUGUCGCCUAAAAUAAAUUGUCCCUAAAUGUUCGUGUAGAUGAGGGUGCAUGAAAUCAGAUACAAAAUGGUCGCCGUUAGUGGUACUUUGCAACUGCAGGCUUUCACGCAAACGUGAAGCAACUUGCAUCGCGCAAAUUGCGUGGAAGCACACGAGAUGCAUGCACAGUGAAGUAGUUCCUACCGCUAGAGGGAGGGAGAACGACAUGGAAUGAACGGGACCCAGUGACCCCCAGCGACAACAUGAGACAUUCUGAAUUUUGACAACCCGAAAACAUGAAAAAAAAAAAAAAAAAGGUUUCACAAGUUAGUUCACAAAAUGAUAUUGCUCUUUACAUACUGGUAUUUUUCAAUUUCAUCUAUUUAUGUCGAGGUUUCAGUGCACGUAUUUUCAUCGGUUCAGUGAAACCUGAUUUUCUGCUUGACCGUCGCUGAGCUCUUGAACACAAUCAUUUUUUUUUAAUCGAAAAUGAGGGUGGGUAGGUGGGAGGGUGUGUGGUUCAAAACAAUUUCUACAAAAUUUAAAAACAUCAGAAAUUUUGAACGGCCCCUUAGUCAGUGAACCUUUCGGUUACAGACGCCCCUCCCCUGUACAGGAAAGACAUGACGAACAAAUGAUUUAAUCUUCUAAGUCACCAUCACAUCAGAACAGUGCGCCUCGGCGGUGCAGGCUUUUUUUUUUCCCAACGUGUCCCACGACAGCAGAGCCUGGCAUUUCAGUCUUCCCCACCUGAGUGCCAGGAGGUGCAUCUGCCAAACAUCUUCCUCUCUGCGCAUGACAUUAGUGCGGCCGAUGGCGAAAUUGGUUCUGCACACUGAGGAGCCGCGCGGCCACGCGUUGGACAAUGACAUAUCAUGACAUACCCUGACCCAUGGGCCGGGACACGCGUGUUCAUGCAGCGGCUCCAGCUUCUGCCGUCUCGACUGCACAGAGGCGAUGUUGACAUAUUCAUUCUGAGUAAACUCGAACGCUAAUGAGGGAGCAAAGUGCCUGAUGUAACGGGUUGGGUACUUAAACACUAACCAGGUAACCGAACAACGAUUAUUUAUGAGAGUACAAUCAGGCAUAUGAAAAUCACAAACAGCACAAUCGACUCCACUGAGAGCUGGGAAAUUAAAGCAUUGGUAUAAUCAAUCACUAAUCAGAGAAGGAUCCAAACAGGGCUUGAAACUUUGUCCUUGAUUGAAUUAAGUAUGUGGCUACUUUAUCCUUCAGAACAGUAAUAAUAAAUUGAAAUCUACAAUAUAGCAUACUAUUUGAAUAACACAAAACGGAAAAAUAAACAUUUGAUUCGAAACUGAAAAAAAAAUAAAAUUAGAAUGAACGCCGACCAGAAAAGGGCAAAGGAACACGUCGCAAAAAAGCUCACUACAAAUAUAAGGUAACACUACACGUGCAGAGAUUUACUUCAAACGCAAACCACUGAACGUCAAUUUCAUGGUCUCUUGAAAAAGUGAAGUAUACAAAAAACAUUAUAUGUUAACAUUAUAAAGUUUAACAUUUGAAAAAUAUACAGGCACAGGAAGUUAUGGGAAAGCUUCCCUGUAUUUGAAAGCACAUCACACAUUGACCAGUAAGAGUCGCCUCUUGUCAUCAUUACAUCAGUAUACUUCAUAGGCCAACCAAAGGGAGUAAGGCACGCUUUGUGGCUUCUCGGAUAAUUGCACUUGGCUGUUUUUGUCAGGGACGGAUUCAAGAAAGGCUAAGAACCGACGCAAAUGCGCAUCGUUAGCAUCGUUUCUCUCGCUAGAAGAGGCCGCAGUCGUUCAACAAAGUGUCGGCGACCGUUUCCAAUUGCUUGCUGAGUCGUUACGAGGCGACGCCUUUUAAAAUCCACACUAGCAUCACCAUUGAUUUGCACAAAGCUUGUUUACUAAAUAAGUAUCACUGUCAUUUCAGCCAUUUCUUCACGUUCUGCUCAUAAAAAGGUAUAAAAAACUGCUGAUACAACAAGUGUAGAGACGGACGUAAUGUAAAUAAUGGAAUGUUAUAAGAACAAAGUUUAUAAAAUAUGUACAGCGCUACAAAAUAAAUGGCGUGCAAAUACAGACUUGGAAAUAUCACUGUAAAUAAUCCGUUAAAUACGGUAACUAUAUAUGGUAAGAUCGUAAUAAAAGAUUCAAAUAACUGGUUACCAAAAUAGAUCAAAACGGAGAAAUAUGUUCAGCACAGUUAAUGUAAAUAAAUACCAACACUCUUUUCAGAAUUCCAUGCGGUACUGAUGAAAAUAUAAAUAGUUACUGCAUUACUCUAAUACAGAUUUUACAGUCCGCCGUACACCUUUCGGACUUGGCUGGUUUACUAGCCUUGGUGGAGGAAUCUGCCAAAAGUUCAAGGCAGAGCUAUGUAUGGUGCAAGGUGUCAUGUCGCUAGCCUUGGUGGAGGAAUCUGCCAGUGAUCACUGUGCACGACAUCCAACACCUUGACGAAGACAGUCGCAUGAGCACAGCGGGCUUCAAGUGACACAGGUUAUAGACCUAUCCGCAGUCGUCUGCUUUUAACCAAGGGCAGGGCUUAAUUCGCCUGUGAUAUGCAUCAGCACACCAACUGCACUUUCGUUGCCUCUGAAUUUAACAACGCUGCUUCAGCGAUAGCGCCCUGUAGAAGCUCUUGCUUAUCCAAUAGUAAUAUGACAUGCGAUACUAUCACAGAAAAAAAAUCUGGCAAUGUACUUGUGGUUCACUAGUCUUUUAUGCAUGCAUUCAUAAAGCUUUGUUCAGAUGUAAAACAAGAUGAAGGCAUGCAUCCCACAAACGGUAACAUGUUCAGGGGGUUGACCCAAGUCAAUGACUUGACUCGUGUCAAUGACUCGAGUCCGGCUCGAGUCACAAUUUUGCAGACUCGAGUUCCGACGAGUAAUUUGUGACUCGACUCGAGUCCCUCAUCGUCCCAAAAAUAAAAGCAAAGUUCUUUGUUACAAAAUAUUUGCAGUAACUUACAGUGAUACUCCAUCAAGCGUAAGAUGUGGUUUGACCACAUUUUACUCAUUACACUUUUAUGAAUCGUAUUACUCUCAAUAUUUGUAACUCGAACUGACUCCAGCUAAGUAAUUGACUCGACUUUCUUGCCGAAUGACUCGACUCGAGUCACGCGUUACAAUGACUCAACUUGAGUCACAAAAGCUAGCGACUUGUUACAAAACAAUCAGAAGUUUGUUUUCCACGGCACACAGUCGUUUCUUUUGUUAAUCUUUCAAUUAUUAAAAAGAUACAUAUACCUCAAUUUUACAAUUUCAAUAUCUCCCAAGGGAGGUUUUCCUUCCGUGUUGUUUAAACGUUGAGGGUUGUUUAGAGUUCGUUAGUUUUCCUCCCAUUUUCACCUCUCGUUUUAAAGAAGGAACUACGGCAGACGGCCGGAAGAUCAAUAAUAUAACCGAUGCAAUAUACAUAGAUCUACUCAGUGGACUCCUGGAAAAAACACUCUGGCAUCUUCAGCCUCCAACUUAAAAGUAAUCAUUUAUGAGCUGCAUGUAUAAAUAAUCCACUGUCUAUGAAACUCAGAAGCCAUUUACAAUUUAUACUUCAGCGAUUCAUUGAAACCAUUCCCCACGGUGAAAGCGUGCAUACCAUAGUAGCGUAAACAGAAAAUUCAGCAGGAAAUAUAAUUGCAAAGUAAAGCUGUACAUUAAUCUCAGAACCUGAAUAAUUCUGCCAAACAAAAUCCAUUAAUGUAUAAAAGAUGCAAAAAUGAAAACACAUUCAAGGUAUUUACGCAAACCUGUACACGAAUAUUUUACAUACUGCAGCGAACAGAAGCGUAAAAAAUAAAAACAGCAAUGUUGAUUACUUCCACAAGAAUGUGACUUUUCAAACAGAAUUUCAAAUCAAAACUUUGCUUUCAACUUCAUUCCACAGAACAAAUGUACUGAGUAACAUUCUGAGUCAUCAAUGAUAUUUAAUGCAAGAUUCAACAAGGUUGUUCUAUAUGGACAAUAUACUAUCUGCUACAAGUUCCCCAAAAUAACCCUCUUGGAUGCAAUACACGCUAGGCUGGGGGAAUUUUUGUAUGCGUAUUACCCUUCGACAUGUUUGUAUGCUAACCUUUCCCUUCAACCCCACUGAAUUGCCCGGAAAUCUAGCGUUCGUCACGACCGACCCAUGCCACAGUUGCCGACACGUUGGUGCACACUCUACGAUCUAAGCUUAAAGCUCCAACGGCACACUUUGAAAUUAAGGCCAGGUCAGUCUUUGCAAAAUACUUCAAUACCACUCUGUAAAAUAUCUGGAAAUAGCUUCUGUGCGCAAGUUCACGAAGCACAUCACUAUUAUUGCAUAUCCCAGCAACCAUCACUGGGCUGGAUCUCCAAAAAAGAAGGGGACACAAACAGAAGUUGAAAUAGAAGGAAAGGCUCAUUUAUCCGACUUCCACAAAACCCUUCAUAUGGCGAAAUGUGUUUUGUGGACAGGCUCCACUGGGGAAGUUAGGGGCGGACAUGCAGAACAAUGUCAUGGAACGAUGUAACUAUUAGCCUAAGUUUCUACAUGCCACCGAACAAACUGAAAUGGUCGCUGGGGACGUGAAGACCAGAAAUAUUGUUUUUCCCUUGCUAAGAGCACGAAUGGCACUGAAUGCAGAGAACCGAGCAAGGACGAUAGGCAUCUAUUGAAUUGUAAGAGGCAAGUCUGUGACCACACUAUCGAGAUACUAUAGAAUCACAACAACACUUGAGGCAGCACUCGGAUUUUACAGUACUCAUUAUUCACUUGUGCCAAAUAUUCCCAUCUGUUUAGUUCUACUGGUACUCAAUGGGUGGUGCAAUGUCCUGCUCUCUAAUUAGGCCUAAGUGCUUCUCCAAGUACCUAUGCUAGUACCUGUGCUAGUACAUGUACUCUAGCAAACACUCCCCCGUUCGACACUGGUGAUUCUUCCCUCACGUCAGGGGUUCAAAUCACGUCCAAAUACCAUACAACUGGAAUUAUAAGAAGGCUAAUAUUUG